AUAUAUGUGAAAUGCUUUGAUACAGUAAUGUUAUACUAUGUGAUUUUAGUGAUUUUAGUGAAUGUCACUUUUUGUCAUUUUCAAAUUUCCCGCCGUUUCGUCCUCCGUACGUCCCGAUGCUCGCAGGGGAUGGAAUUCAGAUGACAGAUGCCGGCAUCUGCCGGAUUACAUUGCCGGGGACACUGCAGGAGGGACAUCGCAGGAGCGCAGGACAAGGUAAGUGAUAGAGGGAUCACGGAGCAGCGCCGCAUGGUAAGCCCAAGUGUAGCUCGGGGUUACCGCUUGUGCUACACUCGGGAAUACCGCCAGGGAGGUUAAG